GUGUGUUCCGGUUAGUGCAUAGGGUCAUGAAAAAGCCAUGACAAGUGUACUACUUCCGUCUUCUCCCCCCCAGCGGAUAUAGAGAAAUGACAGCGACUCUGCGCCCGUACCUCAACGCUGUGCGUGCCACGCUGCAGGCCGCCCUCUGUCUGGAGAACUUCUCCUCUCAGGUGGUGGAGCGCCACAACAAGCCAGAGGUGGAGGUCCGGAGCAGUAAAGAGUUGCUGCUGCAGCCAGUCAUCAUCAGUCGUAAUGACAAGGAGAAGGUUCUUAUCGAGGGCUCCAUCAACUCGGUCCGAGUCAGCAUCGCUGUCAAGCAGGCGGAUGAGAUUGAGAAGAUCCUUUGCCAUAAAUUCAUGCGCUUCAUGAUGAUGAGAGCUGAGAACUUCUUCAUCCUGAGGAGGAAACCGGUGGAGGGUUAUGACAUCAGUUUCCUCAUCACCAACUUCCACACGGAGCAGAUGUACAAGCACAAGCUGGUGGACUUCGUCAUCCACUUCAUGGAGGAGAUCGACAAGGAGAUCAGCGAGAUGAAGUUGUCUGUCAACGCCAGGGCCCGUAUCGUCGCAGAGGAGUUCCUAAAAAAUUUCUAAGAAAAUUCCCAAACAUUCCUUACGCUGAUCACGACCGUCAUCAUGGUUUCUGAGGGGUCCGCAUCACAGGACGGAGAGAGGGAGGGGCAAACAUUGUGACCAGUCAUUCGCAAUGGAAAAAAGUAAAGAUGCAUCAGACCAAUGGGGUGUUGCCCUACAUCAUUGAGGUAUCCCUGUGCUCAGAAAUAUUGAUGUUUGUACAUAAUUAAUAUUCACAGCCUCGUUUAAUUUCUGCCUUUUAGAACAAAGCAUUAAAUCAGGGUGGGUCCUUAAAAUAAAAUCCUAAUCAAUAUUAAUGAGCACAGGGAAAUGCAUGGAGAUUUCUGAUAAUUGAAACAUUUUUUUUUUUUUUAUAUAUAUAAAUAUUAUAUUCACAAUGUUUUGCUAAGUUUGUUACGACACCUGUUUCUUGUCUUAAUACACACAGAGCAGACCCUAUCAUUGAUGGAAAUGAUUGUGAUAAUAGUGCUGGCAGUGAUUAAUAAAUCCCUUUAUUGUUUGUUUUUUUGCUGUGUUAUUUUACUAUAAUAGUGUAUUGCUUGGACCUGUUUAUCUUUAUGAUGAGAUUUGACAUUACAUUCAUUAAUCAAACUAUUUACAUACUAUAGAAAUUUGGGUAAAUUUGUGGAUGAAAUGUCAGCUAGCUUGUUGGGACCUGUCAGAUGAAAUGUUUGUUUCUACGUAACAUGCCAUAGUAGAUAUAUUACAACUGUAUGAUGCAUGCGAAUGGCACCUUGUUAGCUACUACAUCAUAAAUAUCCUCAACUAUC